UAAAAUCGGAGUUAAAUCUAAAUUAUCUAAGCUCUGUAAUUUUACUACUGGAAGAUAGAGGUUAAGAAUUUUCCAAACGUAUUAAAUUUUUUCUGCAAUAAAAAAUACAAUAAAGAAAUUAUAUACGAAGAAGAUGCUACAACGAACGACGAUGAAGAGCUGACUGAAAAAGAUAUUAAUGAAAAACAAGACGGAGUAAGUGACGAAGAAAGCUCUGUAGACACUGAUGAAGAAUUGGACGACGAUGCAUGUGAAAAUAAUUUAGGUGAUAUCAGAGUGAAUGAAAGUUUUACUUCAUUUAAACUAUUAAGAAAACGAGUAAAAAAUUAUCAAGAUUUCUCGAAUAGUGUUUUUUACAAAAGAGACUGCAAAACUAUUAAAAGAGCUAGGAAGAUUGGAGUUAAACGACAUAUAGAAGCUUGCUUAAAAUACUAUUCCAUUCACUAUCAUUGUAUACAUGGUGGAAAAAAAUUUCAAUCGAAAGCAACUGGACAACGGUCAUCAAGUACAUUUCAAAAUGGAUGUGAAGCCGGAUUUAAUGUGAAUGUCAGCAAAGAUGGAAUGAGUUUGUAUAUAAAGAACACAAACUUGCAGCACAAUCAUGAAAGAAUCAAAGAAUUAUAUCAUCAUUUACCUCAAGUGAGGAAGAUGACACCUAAACUAAAACAAAAAGUGAAGGGUCUGUUGAAAUUAAAGGCUAAUAAAACGAGAAUACAAGAUCUUAUUUCUAAAGAAACAGGAAAGGUUGUGUUAUUGAAAGAUAUUCAUAAUUUGAAUUACACUGGUGAAGAAAAGAAUAAAUUAGAAGUAGUUAAAAAUAUUUUGGUGAAUGAAUAUAAAGCUGAUUGUCAUUUCUUGAUCGAAGAUAAUGUUUUCAAAGGACUUUUUUUUGCUACACCUCAAAUGAAGUCUGCAAUGAAAUCGUAUCCAGAAUAUAUAGGGAUAGAUGCAACUUUUAAAUUAUUAAAUAUCAGAGCACCGGUAUACUUGAUCAUUGUCGAGGAUUCUAAUGGUUGCACCGAAAUUGUAGGUGUUUCCAUUUUAAUAACUGAAAAUAAAUGUUUUAUUAAAUGGAUGAUGGACUCUUUUAAGAAGUGUCAUCCUUCGUGGGAAAAAAUCCAGUGCAUAAUGACUGAUAAAGAUAUGACUGAAAGAGCUGCGAUUCAAGAAAGUUUGUUGCCUCUUAAAGUUAAUCUUAUCAUGUGUGCAUUCCACACGCUCAAGACAUUCAAUAGAGAAAUCACGACGGAUAAAAGGGGUAUUACUCAACAGGAACGAGACGAAAGUAAAAGGAUUUUACAGCAAAUGGUCUAUGCUGAAUCAGAAGAACGCUAUUUAGAGUUAUAUGAAGAGUUGCAAAAAAUGCCACCGUCAGCUGUAGAGUAUUUCAAUGAAAACUGGCACGAGUCUCGUAAGGAAUGGUCGAUCUCAACGGACUUUGUGCAACAUAAUUUCGGAAAUGGCACAAAUAAUCGUGUAGAAUCGUUGAAUGCGAAGUUAAAAGAUCUUGAUAUCUACUCAUCGCUAGAAGAUUUUACUAAAAAUUUUUAA